CUAAAAUCCUGAACUGUACAUAUAUAACAAGUAAAAUCUCACGAAUGAACUAUACCUAGAGACAUUUUAGUCGCACUUUUUGUUGUGAAAGACUAUAUGAAUCAAGAAUCAUGUUAUAUUGUACAUAUACGAAGGGAAGGGAAUAUAUGUGUAAAUGAUACGAAGAGUCAAGUUUCUUCAUCUUUACACAUAAAAAGGAACAUCUUUUAAAUGUUUCUUAUGUUACACAUUAAAUGUAAAGAAGCAAAUGUACAAAAGCACAGACUGAUAUGCAAAGGAGUGUGGUAAAGAAUCAACUUUAUUGAUUUCGCAGGCAGGUUGCUACAGCAGUACAGCACACAAAACCUUGCUUGUCUUGCUUGCUCUUCUUUGUGUCCUCUGAUGCGCCUCUGUUUCCACUUUAUUUUUGCUUCUUAAUAUUUUUGUCAACACCUAUCUUAAGGGAUCCCAUAAUUUUGGGCCUGAGGUGACCACCUCAAAUGCCUUAUUUUGGGACGCCUAUGCAUACACUUGACUACUCCCUACAUAUACCGAUAUACGUAUGUAUGUAUGUACGUACAUACAUAUAUAUACAUAUGUAGAAUAAAGACACGCGAGUAUAUAAUAAACACACUAAUACAUGUGUUUAGCUAGUUGGUCCAUAUAAUUGUUGUUUGGAGAGUAAAUUGUGGCCAGGGUGGCUAAUCACCUUGCAAAUAAAUUGUAAGGCAUCUUCAGAGUAAAAGAUACUGAAAUUUUAUCUAGCUUCCUUGGGGCUAGCUGCUUUCUCAUUUCUCUCCAUCUGUCUCUUAGCUUUCUGGUGGUGAGCAUGGGAAGAACUAGAAGCGGAUCAUCUUCUUCGGUAUCCAUAGCAUUUUAUCUUCAACAUUUGUUUGUGCUUGGCAGUUUUGUCAUUUUCUCACAUUGUGAGGUAAGAAAAGCUUCAGGUGAAUCUUCUAUUCAAUCAGAGAUAACGAAGCGGUUCGAUGUAUACCUGUCGACGGGGGACGAUUCUUCUUCCUAUUCAAAUUCUCAAUGGUACGGUGUGAGUUCCCCGUUGAAUUUACCACCAUUUGACUCUCUCGCUCCGGAUCCCUCGCCGGAAAUCUCCCCUGCCUCCGCCUAUUGCGCCUAUUCUCCACCUCCGUACUCUCCUUACCUACUCCCUCCUCCGUCAACUACUUCACCGCCGAGCCCAACUUCGCCUAAUUUCAACCCGCCUCAAACCGGCCCAAGCCCUAAUGAGCCUGCUCUAAGCCCGCCAAUAACUGUCCCCAGCCCAAUCGAACCUGUAGGGAGUCCACCGCAAACUGUCCCGAGUCCAAUUGAACCUGUCACAAGCCCACCUCAAUCUGUCCCGAGCCCAGUUGAACCAGUUAGAAGUCCACCUCAAUCUGUUCCCAGCCCAGUUGAACCUGUUAAUAGUCCACCUCAAUCAGUUCCAAGCCCAGUUGAACCUGUUAAAAGUCCACCUCAAUCUGUUCCAAGCCCAAUUGAACCUGUUAAAAGUCCACCCCAAUCUGUUCCAAGCCCAGCUGAACCUGUUAAAAGCCCACCUCAAUCUGUUCCAAGUCCAGUUCAACCUGUUGAAAGUCCACCUCAAUCUAUUCCGAGUCCAUUUCAGCCUGUUUUCAGCCCGCCUCAAGUCGUCCCAAGCCCAACUCAGCCUGCUUUAAGCCCACCGAGCUUUAACCCGAGCCCAGUAGAACCAGUUCUUAGCCCACCUAAUUCCGCGCCGGGCCAAACUCAGCCUAUUUUAAGUCCACCAUCGUAUGGGCCCAGCCCACGCGUAAGUGUCCCGCCGCCAACAGGUCGCUUGCCCAGCCCGUUCCUGCCGCCAGUUGUGUACCCGCCGCCGUUGGGGCCGCCGGCUCCGUCGACCACGCCGCCGACAGCUCUGUGGUGCGUGGCGAAGCCGUCGGUUCCGGAUCCGAUAAUAGAGGAGGCGAUGAACUACGCUUGCGCAUCCGGGGCGGACUGCGAUCAGAUUCUGCCGAAAGGGUCGUGUUAUCAGCCGGAUACACUGUUCGCACACGCUUCGUUUGCGUUUAAUAGCUAUUGGCAGAGAACAAAGCAGGCUGGCGGUACCUGUGAAUUCGGAAGCACCGCCAUGCUCGUUACUGUUGAUCCAAGUUAUGAUGGUUGUCACUUCACCUAUUUGUAGCUUGAGAUAUUGGAUAUAUGGUACAUUGGAAAUGGAUCAGAAGCACACAUAGUUAUUGGACCAGCCUAGCUAAAUCUCAUCAUCAAUAUCGUUCUAAGUCAUUGUCUCAUCAAUAUUGACCCAUUGGACGUUGUAUACUUGUAUAUGUCAAGAUCAACAUUUUGUACUCAAUUAAACUCUUCAUUGUUAGAGUGUAUAUUUUAAAUUUGAAUAUUCUAUUCAGACAUGGAAAUAAUACAUUAUCAGAUUACUUUGUCAUUGGUUGAUAUUCACGUAUGAAUAUGAUGGCAUAGUUU